AUGGGUGGCAAAUAUGGCGGCAAAGGCGGAGGAGACAAAGGUGGAUACGGCGGCUAUGGUGGUGGGGCCGGUGGAGGUGGAAGUUACGGUGUUGGUGGCGAGACGGAAGAGAUGGAGGUCGAUGACCGGGACAUUGGACGGAUUGUUGGGCGAGGUGGCUGCAACAUCCGUGACCUGCAGGAAGGCACGAAAUGCAAGAUCAUCACGCCCAACAAGAGAGGAGACAACGAUGACCCCUCUCUGAGGAAGGUGCUGAUCCAAGGCAGCAAAGAGCAGAUCGCCAAGUGCAAGGAGGCCAUCAACGGUGUCCUCAUGGGCGAGGAGCCGAAGGACGUGUUGGCGCAGAUUGAUGGUGCGGUCAUCAUCAAGAGCUUCGGCCCACAUCCUUCAAUUCCCCAAUUCCCGAAGAUGGGGGUUGUGAUGGGGGUUGUAGAGUUUGCAUGA